AUGGGUGAUGAUGAGCUAUCCAUAUUCCAGUGUGGGUUAUGCAAGCGCAACUUCAAGCGCCUGGAUCACCUAGCACGCCAUGUCCGUUCACAUACUCAAUCAAGACCGUAUAAGUGUCACAUCUGCCCCAAGGCUUUCACAAGAACAGAUCUUCUGAGAAGACACGUUGCGAGUCACGAAUCUCAAACAAACUCACCAAAUGAAGAUACCCCAAGCUCCCACCGCGGUCUGUCUUCACGGGUAACACAGGCAUGUCGAGCCUGCGCUUCCCAUCACUUAAGGUGCUCCGAGGAGAAGCCAUGUCGGCGUUGCAAGAAGAGGGGGAUCAGGUGUAUUUGGAACAAUCCAUUGGACCAGGAUGACCCUUGCAUUUCUCUUGAUUGUGAUCAUCAAUCUGAAGAACCGCCAGAUGCUCAGAGUGCAGACCUGGGAUUCCCAAAUAACCUGACCUUGCCCUUGCUGCUUCUCGUGGAGCGAGGUACAAGUAGUCCGACCCAGGACGUCAUUAAUGCCCUGCCAGAUUUGGAUCCUUCGUUGAAAUUUGACGUUGAGCAGUUCACAUUCGAGUUUCCCGACCCAAACCUCCUCUCCGGAAACGACGUUGACGUCCAAUUCUUGAACAACUACAACUCCAACAUUCCUUUUGAAUUCGACAGUAUAUCUCAGCCAGAAAGGAGCGCCGCGCACUCAACACCUAGCCCCCUCAGUACCGAAGCCUUCGAAACGUUGUACUGGCGCUUCCGACCAAAUAAAAAGGAUUGCCAGGGAAGCGAGGAGCGGUAUCUAUCAAUGCCUUCAAACGGUCAUACAUCACCAGAGUCACGAGUCCACCUUGAGAAACGAGUAACCUGCAGUGAGCUUGGAAUGGCUGCACGAGACAAGAUCCUCGCCAUGGUGGUUAAGUGCUGUCGUCCAGAGAACUCAUUUCGGGCUGCCUCAUCUUUUCCGUCCGUCAAACUGCUCGAUACACUGUUGCAAUAUUAUUUGACAUCUCCCGUCGCAAGUGCAGCCUCAUUUCUGCACCUAGCAACCUUUGAUCCAAAUACAAGGCGACCCGAGUUGGUGGCCAUCAUGGCUGCUGCCGGGGCUGCCUUGACAUCCGAUCCUGCCCUCACAAAGCUUGGCUACGCCAUUCAAGAAUGUGUUAGAGUGGCCGUUAUAAGACUUUGGGAGGAGGACAACACUAUGGCCAGGGAUCUAGAGCUAUCGCAAGCAUUCCUCCUUACCCUCGAGAUAGGCCUUUGGAGUGGGCAUAGUCGAAAGGUCGAGAUUGCAGAGGGCCUCCUACAACCAUUAUUGACCAUGCUUCGUCGUGAUGGGAAGUUGAAGCGCUCGGCCUAUCCUGAGAUCACCAUGAGCCACGACCUUGAAGGUGCAGCCCUCGAGCGAACCUGGCUCGCGUGGGUUGAGUCCGAGUCAUACAAAAGGCUCUCUUUUAGACUCUUGUCACAUGAUGCCAGUUGCUCCAUGGCUUUGCUAGCCAAUCCCCUAAUAUCGUAUGCGGAAUUCUCUGCCCCUCUUCCAUUGUCGGAGGAGAUCUGGUCCUCCGACUCGGCCGAGCAUUGGAAAGCAGCCUGGUUGAGUCGAACCAACGGCCGGAUAUUCAACAUUGGCGAUUUUCUGACCGAUCCAGAGACCCUGAUCAUGCACCGCGAUACCGUUGACGUGAUGGCGGCUAGCUUUGCCAUGCGAUCGCGCAAACAUCAGUGGAACGCACUGGUCAUGUCGUCGAGGCAUGAGGAGCUCUCAAGAUUGGUCGACAAUAUUCGAACGGUUGCCAGCCUCCACCUCACUCCGGCUACCAAGGUCACCAUGCGGCUUGAACUCGUGCUGUUGCAUCUCCACAUGCAAUUUGAAGACAUACAAAUUUUUGCUGGACUCGAGGGGCCAGACCAAGCUCGUUCUAUGCAGCCUUUCAUAUGCGAAUGGGCUCAAUCCGAGUCUGCAAGAAGAUCUGUUUACCACGCCGCUCAGAUCAUCAGAGGAGCCAGGGAGCUUUCGCGAGCUUCGGUCGAUCCCAUCACAGCCAUCAUGCUCUACCACGCGAGCCUGGCUUUUCUGGCUUAUGGGCUCCUCGCAAAACCCCAGGUGGAUAAUUGGGGGACCUCAUCGACGGCUCCAGAUUCUGCCGAAGAGAUAUUUCUGGAUCAGCCAGAAGACCUCACCAUGCGCAGAUUCCUUCAGCAUGGACACGGCAGCCCGUGUAUUCGUUCCACUGGUUCUGGGACUGUGCACUUGGCAGAUCCCAAAAGCAUUAUGAGGGUCGUGAUUGACAUUCUCCGAUCUAACUAUGACAACCGCCCAAAACCUCAUCUUACUGAAAAACUCAUACAACUAAUGACGGGUCUAGAAGAAUCAUUAGCUGGGGUGACUUGUUAA